AUGGGGUCGUAUUUAGGGGUACCGGAGAGUCUGGGAGGGUCCAAGACGAAAGUUUUCUCUUACGUUCGAGAUUGUUUACAAAGCCGUACAAAUGGGUGGACAGCGAAACAACUGUCUAGAGGAGGGAAAGAGGUUAUGAUAAAGUCUGUCGCCACUACGUUGUGGCGACUGAUUGAGGCUCCUGAGUCCCUUUUUGCAUGGGUUUUUAAGGACAGGUAUUACAGGAACUCAAAUCCUAUGGAUCCUAUUCGUUCUUAUUCUCCAUCCUAUGGGUGGCAGAGUAUUGUUUCAGCUAGAUCUUUGGUCAACAAAGGACUGAUUAUACGGGUUGGCUCUGGUGAUUCCAUUUCUAUAUGGACUGACCCAUGGAUACCAGCUCAAUCCCCAAGACCAGCUGUGAGUAAGGGACCUUUCUAG